CGUCUAUACAGCUUUAUUAAUUGGUCKGAUUGACUUAUCGUAGGAAACCACUCAGCAUAUGAACUGAUUGAAGAAAAUUCUUCUAKAAGUUAGAUCGUUAACUGGCCUGAAAGAUUUUCAAGAUGGUAGUUGAGCUAGUCGUUCUGUUUGCAGCUUUAAUUCUCCUGACCUACAUCUUCAACUGGGUGUGGUCAUCACGUGGUCUUCCUCCAGGCCCCCCGCGAUAUCCACURKUGGGAAGUCUUCCCAGUUUGAUGCUUUCGUCCCCUCAAUACCACAAGUCACUGACAGAUAUGGCAAAAACCUAUGGAGAUGUUUUUACCUUGUAUCUCCCAACUGAAAGGGGUUGCAAGCCAAACAUUGUUAUAAACUCGUUUGCAGCGGCCCGCGAAGCACUUGUAGUUCAGAAAGAUGCAUUUUCUGGAAGGCCAAGUCAAUUCACAACAAACUUGGUCUCCCAUGGAGGUAAAGGAUUUGGCUUUAGCGAUUUCAAUGCCACCCUUGUGUAUACACGUAAAAUCGUCCAUUCUGCUUUGCGGCUUUAUCAGCCACACCUUGAGGAGAAAAUACUUACAGAGGCAAACGAGAUUGUAAGACGUUUUGAGUCCAAGGACGGCAAACCGUUUGAUCCCAAAAUGGAUUUUUCUCUAGCUAUAUCCAAUGUAAUUUACGCUAUUAUGUAUGGAAGACGCUUCGACUUAGAAAAUAAGGAGUUUAUAGAAAGUGUGCAGCUCUCGGAUUCGGCCAGCAAGUUUUUGGGAGCACUGAACAUCUACAACUUCUUUCCCUGGUUGAUCUAUUUGCCUCUUCCGGACACCAAAUUGCUGUACAAAGUUUUAGAAAAUCGCGCCAUAAUCCGAGACUCWAGUUAUUUCGAGGCAAAGAAAACAUUCCAGGAAAAUACAAUACGCCAUCUUGUUGACGCUCUUCUCCAAGCSAAACUGGACUGUGAACRAGACGGCRUCACCUCGCGGAAAGUUCGAUUGGAUGAUGUUGAUCUUGUCGCAGCGACAGGCUCUCUCUUUGGAGGUGGWACGGACACGACAAGUGCUGCCCUGCGAUGGUUGAUAGCAUACUUACUGAACUAYCCCAAAGUCCAGGAAAAAAUAUACCGUGAAAUASAGAMUGUAUUUGGCAAAGCGCCAAUYCGAUUSGAUAAAAGAAAUGGSUGCCAUUACCUACAAGCGACGCUGACGGAGGUGUUGCGAAUCACAAGCAUUGGUCCACUCUUUGUGCACAAGACCACGUGUACAACCACCCUCUAUGGCUACAGUAUUCCUAAAGACACUACAGUUAUUUUGAAUUUCUGGGCCAUAAACCAYGAUGAGCGWAAAUGGAAAAAUCCCAAUCAGUUCAAYCCAGAAMGAUUUCUGGACUCAGAMGGCAACUUUACUGGUACAAUGAAGAUGAGCUACAUGCCUUUUGGMGCAGGACGACGAGUUUGUAUUGGCGAGUUGGUGGCWAAGGAGGAAUUUUUCCUAGUGUCUGCUACACUAYUGCAGAAGUUUAAGUUCGAGAUACCUCCAGAUUGCUCCCCCCCUGAUCUCAAUGAUGGGUUUCUUGGAAUUACUUAUACGCCAAAGCCACACAAAGUGGUUGCAAGUCCACGUUAGGGGGGUGCUCAUCUUAAUAUCCAUUAGUUAGGACAUGCAUAACUCGAUAAUGGUAGCUUCAAUUAUAUUAAUUAUAUUGAUAUUAUUAUAAAUACCCAUCAAAAAUUCUCUUUUGUUUUUUUUUUUCAUUUAUUUAAUCGACUUUUCUUCCCCUCCCGUUAUUUCUCCUUCUGAUUUCAACGGUGCGCGAUACUUAGAUUGACAUUAGGCAACAGCAAGUUCGUGAUAUAGUAAGAUUAUUAUUUACUCGCUUUAAUUUACUCGUAAUUUUUGAUCCGUGAUCCUACAACUUUUCAUGUGCUCAAUGAUUAUCUCUGUGUACCAGCCUGAUAUGAAGCAUUAAAAUAUAUAAUAUCAYUAAACUAUUAUUAUGAUUUUACAAAUUUGACCGAUUGAAAAGUUUUGAAUAACMUAGAUUUAAAGCGUAUUAGUGUCCUUCGAUCAUACUUCCCAUUUCAGUCA